CUCGUCGCGGGAUUGUUCUCGACAGAUUCGGGAGAUCGACUCCGCGCCGCCAAUCGCCUCAAAUCUCUGACGGACGUCGAGAAUGCACCGAUUGGGGCGGUGGUCAAAACGGCGGGAGUGGUGCCGCGCUUCGUCGAGUUCCUGAAUGGCACCGAGCGCGAUUCCGAUUCCAUUGGACUCCAGUUCGCGGCCAUAAACGUGCUCGGCGAGAUCGCGGAGGCGGGGCAUCCGGACGUUGUUGUUGAGGCGGGCGCUAUACCCAUAUUUUGCCGGCUGAUUUCGUCGGCCGCCGAAACGCCCGACGAUCCCGAAAGUGUCGAAUUUGAGCGGCGCAGGCUGCUUAUCUGGGCUCUCGGCAGCAUCGCUGAGGACGGCCCGACGAGCCGAGAACGCGUGUUUCGCGAGGGCGUGUUGGCGACCCUUUUUAAUAUGCUCGACGAGGACGACUCGGACAUGUUGGGAGAGGUGACGGCGACGCUGAAUAGCCUCUGUGAGUCAACCCUGCCUGAUGACGUGUUUGACAGUAUACGGCCCGCGCUCCCGCUUCUCACUCGACUCAUCCACUGCUCGCCCAACGAGGAGGUGCUGAUCGAUGCGUGCGGUGCCCUGGGGAAUCUGGCUACGGGUGAACGCGAAGUCGUCGAAGCCAGGGUCCACGCUCUCAUGGAAGCGGAAACAGACUACUGCCGUCGCUUGGUGGAGCUCAUGGGGCACCCGUCGCCGGAUGUUCGAACCAACGUGCUAGCUGCGGUGGCCGGCGUCGCUAGCGGAAGCGUAGCCCAACUGCGGGUAAUCCUCGACUUACACGUGCUAUCGGACCUGCUCCCAUUUCUCACCGACUGUGAGACGGACGCGCGCGGGGAAGCGUGUCGCGUCCUCGGGCACGUCGCGGCCAGCGAAUCUGUCAACGUCCAAGACAUCAUCGACGCGAAUUUCAUCCCACCGCUCGUCCAGCUCCUGAGUGCGACCGAAGUUGAAAUUCAAGAGGAAGUCGUCUGGGCCCUUCAUGCCAUAGCGCAGCGUUGCUCGAUCCAGCAGAUCGAGGUCCUCGUCGACGCGGGCUGCGUCGUUCCACUCUGUGAGCUGCUC